AUGUUAUUUCUUUCUGCUUGCGGGUGUUCUUUUUGCCGUCAGUGCUUGAAAACGUAUGUUGUUACAGUAUUACGAGAUCGAGUUGAUGUUAACUGUGCUUGUCCAAGUUAUCCAUGUAGUCAAAGUGGUCAUUUGACAGACUCAGAGAUAAGAGAAUUACUGCCUUCUGACGUUUACGAACGUUUUUCUGUAAAGAAGCUUCAGCGAGAAAUCGAGCAGAAUGUAAACCUAACAUUUUGCCCAGCAGUAAAUUGUGGUGCUGUGUGCCAAGUUCCUUCUAUUUUAAAAGUACCCGUACGAAAUGGAAUAAACCCAUCCACCAGAAGUAAUAAACAUGCUUUGGAACGGUUUACUAGAUGGUACAGAAGAUAUCUUUGCAGUUCACAAGGAGAUACCACUCAUGUUUCUCCCAGCACCAAAAGUACGAGUUUUCAUGCCGAUGACACAUUAAAAAUUCCAAAUAACGCAUAUUACAAGCCUAUCAGUAAUCUCAGGGAUGAAGACAAAGAAGAUUGUGUAACGACACCCACCAGUGAAGGUGCUGGAGAGAAGGAUUUACUCCAUAUUUCUGAAAAAAGAACGUUGAUGUGUCAAGUGAGUCCUGGUCGCCCAGCUGUACGCGUCGUAUGCAAACAGUGUUCUCAUGAAUUUUGUGCUCGAUGUCAUUUAAACUGGCACAUCGGAAUUGGACCGUAUGUGUGUGAAGAAUAUCCUCGUAACGUUGUCAAGGGAAAUAAAAAUUUAAGCACUCAAUUUACUAGUCAACAAAAUUUACUUGGAAUUUUGGAGGAAAAUGUAAAUGCCUCGGAUCAUAUUAAUCCUCAUUCAGAACCAGAUCCUAUUAUAUUUCAGAAACACCAGUCACAGUCUGUAACGCAAAAUCCAGAAAUCAUCAAGUCAUUACCAUCCUUGAGAAAACCUCCAGAGAAAAACAAAAUAAAUAAAGUCUCACUCCGGCGAUCCAAAAGAAAACGGCGUAAUUAUUUACAGAGUCAUGCAGGUAUUCAUCUUUCCAAUCAGGAUAUCAGUGAUACAAUUGAUGUCUCCGUUCUUGCUGUUGGGUUUCCUCCAUAUUCUCCUGAUGACUGGCUGAAACGUUGUCCUGCCUGCCUAGUCCCUAUUGAACGUAUCGAAGGUUGCGCUCAAAUGAUGUGCCGGUCAUGCAAACAUACCUUUUGCUGGUAUUGUUUGACUUCAUUGGAUGAUGAUUUCCUUCUUCAACAUUAUGAUGACGGGGCCUGUAAAGGAAAACUUGGUCAUUCUCGUGCAUCAGUAAUUGGUCAUCGAGUUUAUGUUGUCAGUGUAUUUACUGGAUUAACGAUUUUAUUACUGGUUGCUGCUCCAUUUAUCAUGGUUGCUGUGCCAUGUAUUAUUUGUGCAAAAUGUCACCGGCUUUAUCGCCAACACCGUCUACGCAAACGGCAUUCUCAGGGUUUAUAUGUGGUUAAUGGUCGUGUAUUAAAUACACCUAUAUCUUCUAAUGUGCAAAAUGAUCGAACAGAUACACCUCAACCUACUUCAUCAACUCCUCAUCAUAGUAUAUUUAUACCAUCUUGUAGAUCGUCUAUUGUUAGUGCUGAUCACCGACCAACUGUCGAACAAAAAGCUGAUAUUCAUUGGUCACCUUGGCAAAACGAAUUUAAAUGUGCAUCUACUCGUAAAGUUAUGCAUCGCUCCAAAUCUGUACCUGCUUACUGUUGUACAGUACCACUUAAUAGCCUACUCAUGACUUCACAUACGCCGUAA